GAUGAAAGAUUUUGGCCGAGGAGAUGAAUUUAUCAUUAUUUUAAUAUUUAUCUUAUUAUUUUAUAAAUUUACUCAAUUUUACUCAUUUAUUAUAUUAUCAGCAUUGCUUUUGUGUUUUUGGUUAUGGCGUUUAUACGACAAAAAACAGUAUUGGCAAAAACAAGGAGUGCCAAGUUCCCCGGCAAAUCUUUUUGUCGGUCAUAUGAAGGAAGUAAGAUCCAACAAUGGAGUAAUUGAGUUCGAGAAGGAACAAUUUAAGAAAUUUGGUAAAACAUAUGGAAUGUACUUUCUCGACAUGAACUGCCUUGUGACAAUGGAUUUGGAUUUAAUCAAGCAAAUUUGCAUUAAAGACUUUGCCCAUUUCCCAGCCCGUUUUUCAGGCCUUCCAGAUACUCAAAAUAAAAAAAUAAUUCAAAAAAGCCUGCUUAGAAGCAUGGUCUCUGUAAUUCAAGGAGACGAUUGGCGACGUGUUCGCAAUCGUAUAACGCCAGCAUUUACAACGGGAAAAUUGAAAAAGGUCAGAAAUGUAAAUUUGCAUCUUCCUAUCAAUUUUAGAUAAUUCCAACUAUUGCCGAAAGCUCUAAUCACUUAAUUAACUAUAUUUCUCGUAAAUAUGUAGUAACUAACGAGGAAAUACCCUUGAAGGA